AUGACUUCCAGUAAAGUUCAGCUUCCUGGCGAAGUGGAGACCGAUCCCGCUGAACUCAUGGCAUCGCUCCAACUGAUGCCCUCGCCGGUGCCCAACCCGGAGAUAAAGUACACCAAGCUUUUCAUCAACAACGAAUGGCAAGAUUCAGUCAGUGGAAAAGUUUUCCCCACAUACAACCCUUCAACUGGAGAGAAGAUCUGCGAUGUUCAGGAGGCAGAUAAGGCGGACGUGGACAAGGCAGUGCAGGCAGCUCGGCAGGCUUUCUCUCUGGGGUCAGUAUGGAGGCGUAUGGACGCUUCGGGCCGGGGCAAGCUGCUGUCUAAGCUGGCUGACCUAGUGGAGAGGGACUGUGCCUACCUCGCGACUCUCGAGUCUCUGAACAGCGGGAAACCUUUCUUUCCCGCUUACUUUGUGGAUCUUCAGGGAACUAUUAAGACACUCCGAUACUUCGCUGGAUGGGCCGACAAGAACCAUGGCUCCACCAUUCCUAUCGAUGGAGAAUAUUUUACAUUCACCAGGAAUGAGCCAAUCGGAGUGUGUGGACAAAUCAUCCCUUGGAACUUCCCGCUGAUGAUGAUGGCGUGGAAACUGGGACCAGCCCUGAGCUGUGGGAACACGGUGGUCUUGAAACCGGCUGAGCAGACCCCGCUUACGUCCCUCUACGUUGGCGCUCUGAUCAAAGAGGCUGGAUUUCCACCAGGAGUGGUCAAUAUUUUGCCAGGCUACGGGCCAACAGCAGGAGCUGCGAUAGCUUCACACAUGGGCAUAGACAAAGUCGCUUUCACUGGAUCAACUGAGGUCGGCAAACUGAUCCAAGAAGCAGCUGGAAAGAGUAACUUGAAGAGAGUCACUCUGGAGCUAGGAGGAAAAAGCCCCAACAUCAUUUUUGCAGACUCCGACUUGGAUCUGGCGGUGGAGCAGGCCCAUCAGGGAGUGUUCUUUAACAGUGGCCAGUGCUGCACAGCCGGUUCCAGGAUCUUUGUGGAGGAGCCCAUCUAUGAGGAGUUUGUGAGGAGGAGUGUGGAAAGGGCCAAGAGAAGGGUACUGGGGAGCCCCUUCGAUCCCACCACAGAGCAGGGACCCCAGGUGUCUGAUGAGCAGCAGAAACGUGUGUUGGAGCUGAUUGAGAGUGGGAUUAAAGAGGGGGCUAAACUGGAGUGUGGGGGUAAAGCUGUCUCCUCUAAGGGCUUCUACAUUGAGCCAACCGUUUUCUCAAAUGUCACAGAUGACAUGCGCAUUGCCAAAGAAGAGAUUUUUGGCCCAGUGCAGCAGAUAAUGAAAUUUAAGACAAUUGAGGAGGUGAUUGAGAGAGCAAAUAACACUACCUAUGGCCUUGCCGCUGCAGUCUUCACCAAUGACAUCAAUAAGGCUAUGACUAUAUGCACAGCCCUACAGGCUGGUACUGUCUGGAUCAACUGCUAUAACGCUCUGAGCUGCCAGUGUCCGUUUGGGGGAUUUAAAAUGUCUGGAAAUGGACGUGAAAUGGGAGAGCAUGGUUUGAGGGAGUACACUGAAGUUAAGACCAUUACAAUGAAGUUGACAGGAAAGAAUUCGUAA